UCCCGAUUGGCUGGUGUCACGGCGUGAGAGCUUCUUAAAUGGAACUUUCCUGCGACUGGGCUCCGACUAACCUGCUGCAUCCGCUGGAUUUCAUCUGGGGAUUUCAUCAUGAGCCUGAAUUCCAGAAGAUACUCCCUGGACAGCAACAUCGAUGAAGGUUGCUGCCAUUGGAGAGGAAAGCCGCGCAAGAAGACCAGGACGAGCCUGGACGAGGGCCGACUGGACCUCCAGGAGCUGAAUGACACGCUCACGCCUCUCAGGGAGCAGACCAUCGCAGAGGAGAGCCUGGACCGACUGGACGGUGCCAUCAGGGCUACAAGUUUCGUGAAGCACAACAAAACCUUCCACAAGCUCUUCCCUGAGACGCCGGAGGAGGAGAAGCUGACGCACACCUUCACCUGCGCUCUCCAGAAGGAAGUCUUGUAUCAAGGGAAACUCUUUGUUUCGGAGAAUUACGUCUGUUUCUACUCGUCCGUGCUGCUCAAAGAUACCAAGGUGGUGAUAAAUGCGAGCGACAUCCAGGAGGUGAAGAAGCACAACUCGGCCUUGUUCAUGCUGACGCUGCAGACCACAGACGGGGAAAAGUACUCCUUCGCCUCACUGAGGAACAGAGACAUGUGCUACAGGCUUCUACACAGCCUCUGCUCCAACACUCAGGAGAACAGCGCCAGCAGCAGCCCGUGCGUCUUCUCCACUGAGAUCAAACUGGAACACGACGGGCUGCCCAUCAGUGCCAGCCCGGACGACACCGAGGAUCUGAGCCGACAUAGUAGCUUCAGCCUGGAUGAGGGGUCGCCACCACUGCUGCUGCCCAGAGAAAAUCAUUCAAGGUUCAGUGGUCCAGUCAGCUCAGGUGACAAUCGCAGAGCCGUGUCGUGGAUCUGGAGGAUAAUCCAGGCUCCGUUCUUCUUCCUGAGGAGCAACGUCUUCUUCACCAUCUGCCUGCUGUUGACCGUGUUGCUCCUGCUGUCCUCCGGCUACAUCAGCAUGCGGAUCAUCGCUCUGGAGAAGCAGCUCCACAUUUUGGGGGUUCUGACUGAGUUGUCACUCGCCCAGGGAGGUGAAAAAGCGAUGUAGAGCUGCGGAGCGACUCAGAACAAACUCAUGUAAUGUGACUAACUUUAUGAAGUGAACCAGUGGUGCAUGAAAUGUUUUCAAUCAUAAUUUAUUGAAGAGCUUACUUGCUAAAUUAUUUAAAUUGUAAUAAACAUCUUGUGAAUUGUGUCGACGUCUGUAUUCAAAUAAUAAAUUAAAUGUUUAUCACGUCAUAGAUUGAAGUUUUUUUUUUGCAACAUCAAUAGGGUGAAAUGCCAAAUGAAAUGUUCAAAUAUAUCCACAUUUCAAGUCACUAGGAAGUACACUCUUGUUACCGUCACCAUUGCAGCACCAAAGUUAUUGGAAAGCAGCUGAAACAGUGGCUCACUGCUCAUAACAAAUGAGUCAAAGCAGAUCACCUAUUUUUGUCAGUGAUUUCUUUUUUUUUUAAUGUUUUUAUUUAAUGUCAAUAAAAAGGUCAAUAUUCAGUCCCAUGUAUUAAUUUCAUUACAUCAUUUUCUCGUUUGAAAAAAGCAACAUAUAAUUACAAAUCAUAACAAAGAAUAGGUAAGUACAGUAACCAUAUAAACAACCCACUAAUAACUGUAUGGUCCCCGCCCCGAGCCCCGCCCACUCAAGCCCCC